CUUUGUCCCUGCUAGUUGCGCAACUCCAGCUGGUGCGGUGCGGUGUUCCUCAUUUUACGUUGGACGUCAUCUGACUGUCGGCUGGAAGUCGUGUACGGCUCGGCGCUGGCGGUUCACUUUGUGCUCGCGCCCACAGGACACGCUCGUGUCUCCCGUCUCUUUGCUGAGGAUUACAGAGAGGAUUGCGCGCGCAUGGAAAAAGCGCCCGUAAACUUACUGAGAGAAACAUAAAAAUAACAAUUUUAAAGAAACAGCAAAAUGCAGAUGCUUCAGGAGCUGUUGCACUUGGAAGGGAUUGGUAUAACGGAGUGUUUAAUUUUCCUGUUUGUAUUUCUUUUAAUAUCUGAUUAUUUUUGGAGCAAGCCCCCAAAUAACUUUCCUCCGGGACCACCCAGCCUGCCGUUCAUAGGACACUUGUUUCAUUUUGAUACUAAAGAGCCUCAUACAACUUUAGUCAAUAUUGGCAAGAAAUAUGGAGACGUGUUCAGUUUACGUAUUGGAAGAAGACGUUUGGUGGUGUUAUCUGGAUAUAAAAUCAUGAAGGAGGCCUUUGUGCAAAAUGGAGAUAUUUACAUUGAUCGGCCAUCUUUACCUCUGCUUUCUGACCUAACCAACCAUCUUGGGAUCUUAGCCUCCAAUGGACAUCAGUGGAGAGAGCAAAGACGAUUUGCGUUGUCCACGCUAAAAUAUUUUGGAGUUGGAAAGAAGACUUUGGAAAAUGCCAUAACGGAAGAGAGCAGACAUCUGAAUGAAAACGUCACAGAGAAGAAUGGUAAUCCAUUUGACCCCCAGUAUCUCCUGCACAAUGCCAUCUCCAACAUUAUCUGCUCUUUAGUUUUCGGCCACCGAUUUGAGUACACAGAUGGCAGAUUCCAGGAGUUGCUGCGCCUGCUUGAAGAGUUGUUGCGUCUACAAGGAAGCGCAUCUGGACGGGCCUACAACGUCUUCCCCAAACUUAUGAAACUUCUGCCUGGAGGACACAAGACUCUGUUUUCAAACUGGGCAAAGGUCAAAGCGUUUGUUAGAGUGGAGAUAGAGCAGCACAAAAAACACAGGAAUCUUUCUGAGCCUCGAGAUUAUAUUGACUGCUACCUGGAAGAAAUGGAAAAGUGUAAAGAUGAGUCGGCGGGAUUCAACGAGGAAAAUUUGUGCUGCUGCACAAUGGAUCUGUUUGGGGCUGGAACGGAAACGACUGCCACCACUUUACGCUGGGCUCUUCUCUACAUGGCGAAAUACCCCCACAUACAGCAGAAAGUUCAGGAAGAAAUCGACCAAGUGAUUGGACCUUCACGCCUGCCAUCCAUGGAUGACCGAAUCAACAUGCCGUACACGUAUGCUGUUAUCCAUGAAGUUCAGAGGUCUGGAAAUGUUAUUCCUGUGAGCCCACCUAGGAUGGCUUCUAAGGAUACCACCCUAGCCGGAUACUCUAUUCCCAAGGGUACAGUUAUGCUUCCCAACUUCACGUCUGUCCUCAAUGAUGAAAAUGAAUACAUGACACCUGGUUUCUUUAACCCUCAGCACUUCCUGGAUGACAAUGGGAAGUUUGUGAAAAACGAGACCUUUAUUCCAUUUUCAAUUGGGAAGAGGGCCUGUCCUGGAGAAAACCUUGCCCGUAUGGAAAUUUUCCUGUUUUUCACGUCACUCCUACAAGCCUUCACCUUCCAUUGCCCAAAUGGACAGCAGCUGACUCUUGAAACCAAGCCAGGAAUUACGUUGGGUCCAAAGGCAUACAAGAUCUGUGCGCUGCCUCGCUGAAGAAUUUUUUUUCUUACUUGUUUACGAAGGUUUUUUUAAAAAGGACUCUUAUUUUAAGAGGUGUAUCAGUGUAACUUGAUUAAUAGGCUUGAAGAAGUGCUGCGAAAUGUUGAAUAUGGCCAAGCCUGAAAACAAACAAUAAAAAUCGUCAUCAGCCUUGA